CUUCAUUGCGACGCACGGAGAAGAGGAGAAGGGAGGAAGAGGAGGGGGAAAAAAAGGAAAAAGAAAAGAAUUUUGUUAUUUCCCUUGAAAUAGAAGUGUCUUUUAUCUCGCUCUCGUUGCUCGCCUCGCGUUUUCGACGGUGUCGAUGGUUUUUAUGCGUUUUUGCUUUCUUGGGUGCAGUGGCUUUUAUUUGGGAUGAUUUUUGGGGUUUUCGGCGAUAUUUUUUUAUUUUUGUGCCGAGAUUUGGGUUGGGGUGGCCGGGAUUGAUCUCGAACGGGAGGAGAUUGGGGGGAUUUUGGAGAGAAUUAGGGCCUUUUUCCUCCCCAGAUUUGAGGAGGGGAAGAGAUGAGAGGAGUGAAUAAUAGCGUGGAGACGGUGAAUGCGGCGGCGGCGGCGAUCGUCUCUGCUGAGAGCCGGGUCCAGCAAGCCGCCGUUCCGAGGAGAAGGUGGGGAGCUUGUUUCAGUGUUUACUGGUGCUUUGGAUCUCAUAGACAUGGUAAGCGCAUCAGCCAUGCAGUCCUUGUUCCUGAACAGACACUACCAAGGACAGAUGCUCCUGCCCCUGAAAAUCCGAUCCACCCUCCAGCAUUUGUUGCACCUCCUUCCUCUCCAGCUUCCUUCCUCCAGUCAGAACCCCCAUCUGCCACCCAAUCACCUGCAGGUCCUCUUUCCCUUUCUGCUCUCUCAGCAAAUUCCUACUCCCCCAAUGGCCCUGCCUCCAUAUUUGCCAUUGGGCCCUACGCACAUGAAACUCAGCUAGUCUCACCUCCUGUCUUCUCCACUUUCACAACUGAACCAUCCACUGCUCCAUUUACUCCCCCUCCGGAACCUGUGCAUCUAACAACCCCUUCAUCUCCUGAGGUUCCAUUUGCACGACUUUUAACCUCUUCCCUGAAUUCCAACUGCAAACAGAGUGAAGCCUAUGAGUUUCAGUCAUACCAGUUUUAUCCAGGAAGCCCAAUAGGUCACCUCAUAUCACCCAGUUCAGCAUGUUCAGGCACUUCAUCCCCUUUCCCUGAUGUUGAAUUGCGUUCCUCUACUGGUGGCUCCUUCCCAUCCUUCCCACUUGGUGAACCACCAAAGAUAUUGAGUGCUGAUGGAAUUGCCGUGCGCAAGCUGGUACCUUGUCAUGCUCGGGAUGGUGGUUCACUUUUGGAUGGUCGGAUCACAGCAGCUGCACCUACAAUGGAUUCUGCUAUGGGGUCUCAUAAUAAUGAUCAUGCCAUGGAUCACAGAGUCUCAUUUGAAUUGACUGCAGAAGAGUUUGCGCGCUGUUUGGGGAAGAAAACAGCACUUUCAGGGGAUUCUAACUCAGGAUGUUCCCAAGUUGCAGCAACCGUGGGAGACCAGAUUACUGAUGAAGCCAAUAAGAGCAAUGGAAUCUGUGUUGAUGAAACUUACCAUGACUUGCCUGACAAAGCACAACCUUCCUUUGCCCUUCCAGCAGUUAAAGAAUUCAAAUUUGAUAAUGCGGAUGGAGCACCUGCAGAGCCUAGUGUUGGAUCUGAUUGGUGGGCAAACGAGAAGGUUGUUGGGACAUCAAGUGAGCCUUGCAAGAACUGGGCAGUUUUCCCUAUGAUACAGCCCGGGGUCAGCUGAUCACUGAUCCAAGAUGCAUCCCAUAUGUUGAAAGGAGGAGCCUCUGCGGCUCUCUAUGGUUCAUGACCCAUUUGGCGGCUUUGCUGGAAACAGGAGGCCCUGGGCAUCUGCAAGCUAAACUUGUGAAGUUCUUCUGGUGGGUGGUGAUGGUGAGAUGGACUAUUUUGCUAGCUGCAUCUCAGGUCUUGUCUUCGUCUUCACAGGAAAAAAUAAACAGAGAAGAUUUUGAUGUCUCAUAUGAAAUGUGUAAUGUGAAAUAAGCUCAUACUACAGAGGAUAGCUAUCUGCUCUAACAAAUCAUGUAAGAUACAAUAUUAUGGCAUUGAGUCUUGCCAUUAUUUAUCCCUUGGAACUUCGUUAUGUCUUCCCGGUUAGCUAGUUUGUUUGUUUCUUUGUUUCUAGUUCAUGUUCAAUGUCAUCAUGUUGAAAAAUUGUCAGGUAACUGAGGCAUCUUCGCCUUCCAUCUGAGAAUAUGAUAUUGGCUCAUGAUCUCAUGGAA